AUUGAACAACAGGGCUCAGUUGGAGGCGCAAGGAGUGACAUUGCCAGGAGGCGGUCUGUUGCUGAGGAUCUGUGCUUGAUGACUUGUCUGAACUGGAGUGCCGGCAGUCUAGGACACUAUUUCAGGUGCUGCUGACGAGGUUCUGUGACUUGCUGUGACUUUCUUGAGAUUACCCACACUACCAAGAGCCCAGUGAAGGUGAAUGUUAAAUGGCACAUUUAUUCCAUUGUUGACCUGUGAGCUCAAUCAGGUAUGUAAAAGAAAUGCAAGGAUGACUAUGAUCACCGUCUGGUUAAAGUAUCAAAUGCAACACUUCUGUAAAUGUGUUGAAACACACAAGGGGUAUAUUUGGAAUUACUGAGCCUCAUCCAACUGCAUUAUUCCUACUCUGGGUGUUCUACUCUACAUUUUUUUAUUCUGUAAAAGAAUUAGGCAUGCAGGAAACAUGGAAUUAUAAAAAAAGACUUCAGAUCCAGAUAUAUUGCAGUGCUGCUCCUUAAUUACAUUUCUGCUUGUUGGAAUUACUUGUGUUUUAAGCUUGAAUGAGCAGCUUCCAGCAGUGAAAGAAAUGACUGGGACUUUUCUGUUACUCCCAGUGAGCCAGAGUGUUAAUAGACUAUGACAAGCUAUCGGCCUGUUCAAAAUGAAACGGUGGAGGUUGGUGGGAUUGUCAUAGGUGGAGUGGACAUUCUUGCAGGUACGAACACGUGUGAUUACUAUGCAUCUCCAUUCAGAGUCCAGAAUGGGAACGUUUGUGCUGCAGGUGAAAAUGCACCCCGUGCAAGUUCAACCCCUGCUAUGCCAAAAAUGGGAGUCCGAGCUCGAAUCGCUGACUGGCCUCCGAAGCGAGAUGUAACGAAAGAUGCAGCAUUAAGUCAUGUGAGGGACUUGGGCGGAUCCAUGGUGGACACUGAAUUUGGAGGUUUUCAUAGGCAAUAUUGCUCAAGCUAUGAAGAUGCUCCCCAUGCCUCUCGGGCCCGAGGCCGACACCAUAUACCUCGAAAGUCAAAAGAAGUGGAGUUCCAAGAUGACUGGCUGAGGUCCCCAGCCAGAAUGUUUGUCCCCCUGAGAGUUCGAAGUAACAGUGAGAUUACUCUCAAUGAACAUGAUGCAGAAGGAGGCCUGGAGCUUAAAGGAAGUGGAAUGCUACCCUUAAGGGAAUAUGGUAGCACUUCAUCCAUUGAUGUUCAUGGAGUGUCAUCUGAAAGCUUCUUCGAUAUGCUGAAAGAGUUCAAAAAUGAGAAGAUUGAUCAACGGAGCUCGGCGCCUGAGAGCCUGAAGAAACUCCUUCGGGCUGAUGUGAGCAUGGCCUCCAACCUUAAUCUUGCGGGUAGCAGCAAGACUGACGAUAGUCGAAGUGAAUCAUCUCAGAGGGAUGAACCGAAGAGCAUUUAUAAAGAUAGAGAGAAAUCUCGCAAAAAGCAGUCUCGGAACGAAAGUGGUGAAUCCAUCUUGAAGAAACUACGCAGCAGCAAAAGUGAGCACGAGUCAGGGAGAUCUAGCUCAGACCAUGAAGACAGUAGAUCCCAGGAAAGCACUAAGCCAUGGGUUUGUCAGAAGAGCUUUGGGCAUUUUGAUGUACAGAGUAUACUUUUUGACCUCAACGAAGUGGUGAGCAACAGAAACUUUGUGCCUCACCGGAGAAACACCACAACUGGUGCCUCAGCUGCAUCAGCUGCUUCACUUGCUGUAUCUCGGACUCUUGCUUUGGGAGGCCUUGAUUCAAACUUCACUAGCACUGAGGAGGUGAAUGGCAAAGAGAAUCUGGAGCUGGACCUUGGUGACAGUAACUGCAAUGACCUGCUCCUAAACUGUCCUCAUUUCCGCAAUGAAACGGGUGGAACCAGUGAACGCAAUAUCAGCUUGUCCAAGGCGAGUGUAAAUGCUGGACUGGGCCUUGGCUGUGAAGGUGGAUUUCCAAAGGUGGUUUGGAACCCAUACUGCACAAACGCUAGUAUUUCUGAACUAGAGAUCCCAAAAGAAAAGCAACUCCGCCAGGAAAGGCUGAAGCACUUCAGCAUCGAGCACGUGGAUCGGGGAGCCAGAUAUUAUCAGGAUUACUUCCAUGGGAAAGAGCACUGGAACUAUUUUGGAGUGGAUGAAAAGCUGGGCCCAGUGGCAGUGAGUAUCAAGAGGGAGAAACUGGAGGAGAGCAAAGAACACGGACCUCAGUAUGUCUACCGAAUAAUCUUCAGGACAAGCGAGCUCAUUACACUAAGAGGAGCAAUCCUGGAGGAUGCAGUUCCAUCAACUUCAAAACAUGGUACAGUGCGAGGGCUCCUGCUGAAAGAGGUAUUGGAAUCUGUAAUACCAGAGCUGAACAUUCAGUGCCUGCGGCUGGCAUUCAGCACCAUUAAAGUGACAGAACAGCUGCUGAAACUUGAUGAACAAGGGCUAAGCAAAAAACACAAAGUUGGCAUUCUGUACUGUACGGCUGGCCAGGGUACUGAGGAGGAGAUGUACAACAAUGAAGAUGCAGGCCCUGCUUUUGAGGAAUUCCUGGAUCAGCUUGGGGAAAAAGUGCCUCUUAAGGGCUUUACAAAAUAUGCAGCUCAACUGGACACAAAAACUGGCUCGACUGGUAUGCACUCUUUGUACACGACUUACCAGGACUAUGAGAUUAUGUUCCAUGUGUCUACCAUGCUUCCAUAUACCCCCAACAAUCGGCAGCAGCUCCUCAGGAAACGGCACAUUGGCAACGAUAUUGUUACCAUCAUUUUUCAGGAACCGGGCGCGCUGCCGUUCACACCAAAGAGUGUACGCUCUCAUUUCCAGCAUGUGUUUGUCAUUGUCAGAGUCCACAAUCCAUGCACUGAGAACGUGUGUUACAGUGUGGCAGUAACCAGGUCCAAGGAUGUCCCACUCUUUGGGCCGCCCAUACCAGACGGCUUCACUUUCAGCAAAUCUGAUGUUUUCCGAGACUUUCUGCUGGCCAAGGUUAUCAAUGGAGAGAACGCGGCGCACAAAUCAGAGAAGUUUCACACAAUGGCAACUCGGACUCGGCAGGAAUACUUGAAGGAUCUGGCGGAAAAUAGCGUCACCAACACGCCUGUGGAAUCUGCUGGAAAAUUUAACCUCAUAUUACUGAGCACCAAAAAGAAGGAGAAGACAAAGCCCCGGGUGGGGGCUGAGCUCUACAGUGCUGGGGCCAUUACGUGGCGGGUUUAUGCACAGGAUUACAGCCAGGGAAUUGAGGUGGAGUGCAUUCUUGGGAUCUCGAAUGAAUUUGUUAUUGUUAUUGAGCAGGGCACCAAGGAGGUGGUGUUCAACUGCUUUAGUGAGGAUGUAAUAGGCUGGACUCCUGAUACAUCAACAAUCAAAAUUUUCCAUGGGAAAGGUGACUACAUAUUUAUAAAAGUGUUGGAGGAGAAUAUGGAUGACAUUAAGGAAAUUGUUCAGCGGUUGAAGAUUGUGACAGAAGGAUGUGAAACUGUUGACAUGACUCUGAGGAGGAACGGACUCGGGCAACUUGGAUUUCACGUCAAAUACGAUGGCACAGUGGCGGAGGUGGAAGAAUAUGGAUUCGCUUGGCAAGCUGGACUGAGGCAGGGAAGCAGACUGGUGGAAAUUUGCAAGGUGGCUAUAGUAACUCUGACCCAUGACCAGAUGAUUGAUCUUCUGAGGACAUCAGUGACUGUGAAGGUGGUCAUUAUCCCACCUCAUGAUGAUGGGAGCCCUCGCAGGGGUUGCUCUGAAUUAUAUGAAAUGCACACCAUGGACACGAAAGCUGAGAAUGAAAGUACACCAUAUGGAUUGAGACCACCAUAUAGAACCAACACUCUGCAGUGGAGCAGUCCCACAAUCCACAGUGCAUCACAGUCACAGCGAUGUGUGCAGACCCUUCCCAAUCAAGUAUCAAACUGGAACCAGACCUCCAUACAACAGGGAGUCCCAGUUGCGUACAGUGAUUCACAAGCCAAGAACAGCAAACGACCGGUUAGCUACCCAGAAACGUACUCUACAGCUUCCACUGCUGUGGUUGAAAGAGCUCCGCCAUUUCGUAACCCUUCUGGAAGCUUCUCUUCACCAGGAUCUGGAGGCAUUCUAUCCAGUAGGCAAAAAGCUAUUAAUGACAGGUAUGGAGGAGGAGGCCAACGUCCACUUGCCCCAUAUGAGCAACACAACAAAGAUGACAUGAUGUCAAGUGGCGAUUCUUCAUCUGGAGGAUUAACCAGCCAGGACAGUACGAUAGAGCGAAAUAAGAACGAGCCUUUGUGGCAUGUGCCAACUGCAUCCAAAGUUUACUCAACCUCCGGAAACAACAUCAAUAAGCGCCUCCCUAGACAAGAGCUAGCAGGCAAGGAUUCCCCCAACAGACAUUCCAAAGGCGAUGCCCAUUACUCAAGCCAGUCAAGUAGUAAUACUCUGUCCAGCAAUGCCUCCAGCAGCCACAGUGAUGAAAGAUGGUUUGACAACAUGGAGCAUAUGGAGGCUGAUCGUGAGGCCUUGGCAAAAGGAGCAUCCAGUGAUAGUGGCAUUGACACCACCCUCCAUGCACCUAGUCCGUUUGCUUCAGGCACAGCCGCAGCUAAAUCUGCGAGACCAGCACCGCGCAGAGAGAAACCCCAGAAACCGAUGCAGACCUCUGUCACCUACUGUGGGUUGCAGGACUACAGCAACCGGCUAUUCGACCGGACACCGCCUUACUUGGAGAGGAGGAGAGACUCGUCGCCAACACUCGGCACCAAUGCUCAAAGUAAAGGGUACAGAAUGAAAAUCUGCGGUUCUUCCAAUAGCGGCACUGCCAGCUUCAGCAACGAGAACUUGCAUCCAAGCAUUCUAAAUUGCAGACCGGGACAGGCCCCUCACAUGUACAAGACCCCACCUUCGGAAGUAUCUAAGCCACCGACAUCAUAUACUCAGCUCUCGGCCUCUGCCCCCAAAUCUUUCUACUCCUAUCAGAAUGUGAAGAAUAUGUGCCCAACUGGGUGGAAAAAACCAACCAAUACCCCGAGUCGACCAUCUGGAUUCACAGAAACAAAAACAAGUUCCAGCGUUGUCUCCACAAAUGUCUUCGGGCAGCCCAGAUUGCGAGCAUCCCUCCGAGACCUCCGAUCACCACGCAGAUCCCACAAAUCAACCCUCGAAGAAGAUUUAAAAAAGCUCAUUUUGCUGGACAGCCCUCUGCCAGAGCAAGAUAAAGAAAUGCUUCAUUCUUCACGAAAGACACUGCAGAGGACUCUGUCUGAUGAAAGUAUCUGCAGUGGACGGAGGGAAGCCAGUUUCUCUAAUUCCCAGAUUGCAGCUCUUGACCAGGCACUGCCAAACGAUGUGAUCUUCACCAGCACAUAUCCUUCCCAAACACUGCCCACCCGCAGACUAACCCAGCCUCCAGGAGCAAUAAAUCUUGAAAAGAAAGCUAACAUGUCUGCUUCAGACUUGUCCUUGACUGAUGUUCGUGACCGAAUUCCUGUGCGUCGUAACGAUCCAGUACUGAUGCCUCUGCCGGACACAGAGUCAGAACUGGAAUGGUCCAGUCUGGUCAGUGUUGCCAAAGCAUACGAAGUCCAGAGAGCAGUUUCCCUUUUCUCACUGAACGAUGCCUCCGUUGGAUCAGAGGUUGGACCAGCCUAUAAUCCUGUACAUACACACAGUACGCUGGAGCGACAGUCCUCACCCCGAACACCACAUAUUUUAAGUGACGAGCCAGCAUUGGCAUUAACAGGAAAAGUCUACCAGCUUGAGAUCCAGUUGAAGCAACUUCAAGAUGAUCUGCUGAAGGAGAAAGAGGAUAAAAUCGUCCUACAGGCAGAGGUGGCAAACCUGCGGGUUAACAAUCAGCGCCUCCAAGAGGAGUCCCUGUCAGCCACAGAGCAGCUGAGGAAAUUUGCAGAAAUGUUUUCCAGUACAAUAGAGAAGAAGUAAUGGCAGCCAGCACACCCACAAAGCAUCUGAACCCAUUUUAUUUUUGUCAUUGUACCUUUUGGAGCAACUGUAACACAGAGUGACAGCCCAGCCCGGAAAAUUCCGGAACUUGCAGAACCCCAUCGUAACCAUUUUUAUCCACAGCAGAGGUGGUGGCUUUGGGGCUGAUGCUGGAGGUGUAGGGGAGUGAGCUGUUCGCUUUGACAUGGCCAGUAGGUAGUGGACUCAAUCGGACUGCUUGGCCCUGUGAAGAUGUACACUGCACAUCAUUUCACAACGCUAGAACGGAACUGGUCGGUACGAAUGUUUUCUCAACACCGCCAGUAAUUUCAUCACAUCUGAUGAUUAAAUCCACAAGUCUAACUCCCUCCUUCCCCCCCCUCCCCUCACCUCCUGCUAAUUGCCGUAAGCCAAUCAUUGUUAUCCAACAAGAAGCCUUUGAUCAUCUGUCUCCUUCCAGAACUUGGCGAGUUACCUAAAGCUGGUCUGUGUUCAGAGAGUAGCAGCUUUAUUAUUUAAUUUCUACCAGAAAGUUUUUUUUUACAGUUCAGUAAAUACUGGCCGUCCUUUUUAAUUGGUUUUAUUUUUAACACUUUCUAUAAAGUGGCAGGAUGGAUCCCAGCUGCACAAAACAAAGUUGUAGUCGAGAGGUGAACUUUUCCCUCCAGCGGAAUCAGAAAGCAGUGUAUCCCAGGUUAUUCUCCAUUUCCUUGUGUCCCAGACUUGGUACACAGAACAAUUUGGCUCCUUAGCCUUUUGUGUGUUAAAAGAAAAAAAUAAAGUGGCUUUGCAACUUUUCAAGUAUACUGAGGGAAAAGGCACUAUCUCAUGUAAAUAUUAAAGAUCUGAAGGUUCAUAGUUGAUCUUCGGUCUGUGCUGAGUGAGCUCAGGGAGCUGAAGGGUGAGGUGCCUCUGGCCCCUGAAUCCUUGGAUGGAUUGGGAGAAAACUGGUUCCCAUUCCUCAUCGCUGACCAAUGACCACCCCCAACCCCAUCACCUCUUCCCUUUUCAGUGGAAAAUACUCGUCGUGUGGGGGCAAACUGUGAUGCUUUCUGUAGCUGAACAGCUCAGCAUCCAGAUCUGCACAUGAAAAAUAGUGAACAAGCCACACGAUGGCUGUGCAAUGCUCCUCUUGAUUGGGAACUUUGAGGGAAGGAAAGUAAAAAACACAGCAGUAUGGAUGGGGGCAUUGAGCCAUUUAAAAACCCACUAUAAAAGAAUCAUCAAAACUACCUGGUUGCGAUGGUGAAACCAUGCUUCUUUGUCCUUUGGUGAUCCUUAAUACAGUUGAUAGAUUUCAGUAAGCUAUUUUAUUUUAUUUGAAAAUUUAAUUGAAAGGUUUUGUUUCCAAUAUUUAAAAAAUGUAAUAUUGCAGACGAUAUUUAAAAGAGCAGUCACCCUGGUCUAACAUUAAUAUAGGAAGUUAUUAAAGCACUUUCUCACACACUAAAUUAUUUUCUAGAAAAAUUCCAUUUAAGAUGGCUCAGGAAAUUUAAUCUAAUAAAUGUAAAUGCUCGUUGUAUACAUUAUAUUUGUAUAAAUUGCUUUAGGUUUGGUUUUUUUUAAUUCAAAAUCUUAAUUAAAAUUGGAAUUGCUGAGGCGAAUCAGUGACUACUGAAUAUUCUGGAAUUUUUGUGAUCCUACCUUUCUAGGGAUUAUACACUACAGAAAACACGAUUGUGGGGAAAUCAUGUGGAAUGAUUAAAUUAAUCAGAGAGCCAGUAGCUGAAUGUUAACCUUGAUGCUGCCAACUUGAUGCAGUCGCCUGGAUUUGGUCAAACUGCAAUUUUGUAUUUUGUUCAAAUCUCUUCUUUUUGAAAGGGGAACAGUCACAAAACAAGCUUUUACCUGCCCUCUGGUUCCUUUUCUCCAUCAUAUCUUCUGUGGUUUGAAGAUCUGGGGAUAAAACACAAAAACACCUGUGCUGGUAGGACUGUGGAUUAGUACAAAGUGCAGGAUCACAUAGAGAGCAGGUAGCUGAAGGCAUGUGCCACGGUCAGGACAGAAUCAUGGGCUUUAUCAACAGAGAAGGUACCUAGCCACUGGUCAGUGACUACAGUCAGUAGCAAUGGGGUUUUCCGCAUCUGUGCUCGCCAGCACCUAGACUAAUAGACAAAAACUUGCUGACUGGUUAACAAUUCUAUCGAAGCAUUCUCAUUGUUAUUAUUUUAAGCCCUAUUGUCUCCUGAUACAUUUCUACAUACAAUCCAAAUACUGUCUCAACCCAGUGGCCUUGAAAUGAUGCUGGGCAAAUAAUUAAUGCAGGAAUGUUGGACGUGCAUUCAUCUGAAAUUGUUUUGCUGGGUAUUAUAAUGGGGAGUUAACAGAUUUAAACAAGCUAAUGCUUUCAUGUAUUUUGAAUACAUGAAGCAUCUGUGCACUAACAUUCAGUGUCACUUCACAGCUAUUCUGGGUUAACAGACAUUUCCUCAUUUGAAAUGUGCAGAGUGUGGGGCUACUUCUGACUACAUGCUAAGAAAUGGAGAGCAGUGGAUAAUUGGCAGGGAGUUUCAAGGGCCUAACCGAAAGGAUGACACAAGCCAUCAGAACAAUGUCUCGAGUGGUUGGCACCCUGAGAUUUAAUUACAAGCUCGAACAAACUUGCAGCUAGCUAUGUUAAGCAAAGUAGUGAGUGAUUGAGGGAGAGAAGAGAGGAGAAUAGAGAACACAGGAAGUGUGUGACUGAGGUCAAAGGGUAAUUGAGCACACAGAAAGGAAACCUGAAUGAUUUAUGACAUUGUGUGACCAAUAUUAACUUUGCAAAAUAAAGCAGAGUGUAUUUUAGAAUGAGUGUGUGUUCAUGUGUGCCCAGGAUAAGAGGGGAGAAAACACAUAUUGUGGUUAAACUGCAAGACAUGAGCGAACACUGGCUAAUCUUAUUUUAAAUUCUAAACCAAAAGAAACAAUUCUCCUCCUUUGUGACUGUUCCCUCACCGGUAAUGCAAUCCCCCCUCUGCCUCUGCACGCUGACAGCAUGUUAGUUGAUGUGCGUUUGCGAUUUCUUGUAUAAACUGGAUUACAAAAGAGAACUUUUUAUAAGACAUUUAUAUAAAUGACAUAAACCUGGAGCUGAGCAAGAGGGAAACGUUCUAAGCAUUGCAGCUGCACCCAUCAAUGUCUUAAAAGAAAAGUUUACUUGGAAUUUUAUCAUUCUCUGUAAUAUUUGUGUAUAAAGAGUGAAAAUGUCUUAAAUUUUAUUGUUUUUGUGUGGUGCAGAUUUUCCAAUGUACAUUUCUGUCUGUGUAGGUUUGUUGUGAUUCAUUGAUUUGGGGAUAUAUUCUCUUUUUUGAGUAGUGUGUAAUUUAUCUGUUUUUCAUAUUUUAUAAAGACAUCAAGCUUUCAGAUGAGAUUUGUAUUUAAUUUGUGAUCGAUCAUUCUUGAUUCAGCUAUUCCAUUGAAUCAUUUUUUUUUGCAUUCUUUUGGCAUGUAUCUGGAAAAGAGAAUAAAAUCUUUCAUAAAC